AUGAGCAACCUUUUUGUUGUUGCGAGGAUUCGACCUUUUACUUCUGAUGAAUUCAAAGAGAAUCCAGAACACUACAUAACAGUCAGAGAAAAUGAGUUAAUUUUAGUGAAUGAUAAAGAAACAGGAAAUGAAGCGGUUGCAGACCACAGAGUUCGAACAAGGAUAUUUUCUCUAGACCAUAUAUUUGGCUCAGUUGAUUAUUAUAAUCCGGAGCAGGAUUCGCAGGCCUUAGUUUACAAUAGUAUUGGCAAAGAUGCUGUAGAAUCUGUGAAAGAUGGCUACAAUUGUAGCCUUUUUGCUUAUGGAAUGACGGGGACGGGGAAAACACAUACAAUAUUUGGAUCUGAAGAGGAUCCAGGCCUAAUACCACGAGUAUGCGAGGCGUUGUUGAACCAUGUGAAAACCAAUCAAAGUGUACAUAUGAAAUAUGAAUUAAAAAUAAGUUUUGUGGAAAUAUACAAUGAAAAAAUUCAUGAUCUGUUAACCAACUCAAAUCAUCAUUCAUCUCUACGUAUACGUGAACAUCCUGACGACGGACCGUAUGUUGAAGGUUUAACAAAAUUACCUCUGAAUGAUUCAAAAAUUCUACAUACUGCUAUCAAUCAAAGUAUUAAAAAUAGAACUAUAGCUGCCAAUCGUAUUCAUGAAAAGAGCAGUCGAAGUCACGUGAUUUGUACCGUAUACUAUCAAGAGAUAAGAUCUGGCAUUGAUUUCCCACGAACUGUAAACAGCAAACUUUGCUUAAUUGAUCUGGCUGGAAGUGAACGCGUUCACAAUUUAAGUGAUAAGAAACGUUUCAAUGAAGGCAGAAAAAUUAAUUUGUCUUUAUCAUCUUUGAGUACAGUUAUCGGGAAGCUGGCUGAAAAAUCUUUAGUCAAUAACAAUGAAAUGGAGUUAACCAUACACAGUAGUCAGUCAACAUUGAACAGCACAAGGAGUUCUCGAUAUUCUAGCAGCAAUCACAAUGGUUCAUUUCAUAUUCCUUAUCGAAAUUCCAAAUUAACAUGGCUGUUAAGAGAUUCAUUAGGUGGAAAUGCGCGCACCACAAUGAUUGCAACUAUAUCACCUUCUUACAAACAAUACAAUGAAACACUGAAUACAUUACGUUAUGCUCAACAAGCGAAAAUGAUCACGAAUACACCCAAAGUGAAUGAGGAUGCAAGUUCUGCUUACAUAAAGCAACUAUUGGAUGAAAUUGCUACAUUAAAACAAAGACUGCAAGAAAAAGGAUCUUUCUCUACAGUGCACAGGUUUUUGAACCACAGCAGGAGACUGAGUAAACGAAGACCACUCCUUCGAAAAUCUAGUUCAGAAAGUUCAGUUCAUUACGGAGGAUUGGUUGUAGAUUUGAACACGUUUCAGGACUCCAAAGAGGAAAUAUUUGGGUGUCAGUCAGCGAGAUAUUCGAAACAAACCCCAGAUAUUCUAACUACAUCGUUUGAUGAAUUUAGACAGUCAUUUGAACUUCGAAACUCUGAAAAUAAAUUACCAUUACAUCAUCAUGAUAAUCCUCUUGGGGGUAAUUGUAAUGACAAUCAGCUACCAAUCACCUCUGACCAAGCGACACAGACGUUUCCCUUCCAAGAAUAUGCAAAACUUUGUGUAGAUUAUUUGGAAAAGGCAGAGUUAAUUGAAUUAUCAUGUAACAAAUUGACAAGAUAUCCAUUCAAUGAUACAAUAUGUCAAAAUAGAAAGUGUACAGCAAAAAAUCCAAAUUUCAGUAUAAUACAGACAAGUGCUUUAUCAAAUAAUCUCUGUUAUACUGAUCUAAGCACAUCUGAUCAUCCAUCAGCACUGUAUGGAAAGUCAAACGUUAAAGAAUAUGAAACUAAUAAUCAAGAUUAUGAACAGAAUUCUACUGAGGAGAAUGAAAUAAAUGAAAUGCUUAUUCUCGGCAGACCAUUAACCUCUGUUAAUACCAUUAAUGCUUCUGCUACUGAUGAUGACGACAAUGAUGCGACAAAGAAUAAUACCAAAAUCAUUUUACAUAUUAAUGUUCAUGAGAUGUCGAACAAAAAUAAUGAUAAUCCAACUUUAAAUAAAUUUCAAUCUAUAAGUGUUUUAACAUCAACGCCUAGAGAUCAUAGCCAAUCAAAUAAAUUGCAUACAAGAAAGAAGUCAUUUCAAAGCAAGUUUCGUUUGCUUACCAAAUGCAAACGGAAUAAUUGUAGGAAGUCGAAACUUAGAAAUAAAUAUAAUUCAGCUAAGAAGUUGAAAACUGAACCUAGAUCACAUAGUAAAAGUGUGUUAUCAAAGACUUUCAGUGAUCUAAGUCUGACGGAAAGCCACUCAAUGAAUAAUUGUCAACUCAAGAAAAGAAUGUUAGGACAUUGUAAUGCACAAACAGAACUCAAUUCAGUUACUGAAAGUGAUGACCUGACUGAUUCAUUAGAGUUGUCUUCAAAUUUUCCAGUUUCUUAUGAUAACAUUCAAGAAAUCCCCAUAAGUGUUACUGAAAAUGAUGGUCUCAGCAAAGAACGUAGCUUGAACGAAAUAACUCAGGAUUUGCAAGUGGGCCUUGGUUUAACAACAAUUCCUGUAGCGGCAGUCAUGAAAGACUUAUCUUCACCUUCUUCAUAUAGAACGACAGUAUCUGAUUUAGAUGACGUAAGUGAAAGGUCUGAUCUAGCAGUUGUUACCAAUGCAAAUCGUUUGACAGUGCUACCAAGUCAACAAGAACUAGGACAAUUGUCUGACGAUUCUACGGAUAUUUCAUUAAAUUUGAAUGAUAGUUUAGAAGACUUUGAAAGUAGUGAUGCUAAUUUCAGUUCACUCACCAGUAUGGAGACUAUUAGAAAAGUUGGAUUCGGUUCUAUCCCACCUGAAGAAGUUUCACAAUUCCUACAACAACUAGAAUCUCCGUCAUCACCUUCAUCAAUAUGCUCAGAAGACCUAGUCGUCGAUGAUCAGUCAAAUUACGUCGUCAAUGGAAACGAACACUGCCGUCAAAAAGUUUUCUGUACAUGUAGUACCUUGACAAGAAAAAAGAAGUGUAAGAGACUAGUUACGAAUACAGAAGGCAAAUCACCAAUCAUUUCAGAAAGAUCUCAUGUCACAGAAGAAAUUGGAUCUUUUGACCGGAAUCAGUUAGAUCAUGGAAGAGAUUUAUCCUUACAAGUACAUUUCCAAAGUAAUUCACUUAUUGAAAACAAAACAAAAGGAAAUUAUUCUGGUGACAAUAAAAACCAUAAAGAUACCCAUCAGAAACGUUCAAAUUCGAUGCAUUAUCCCAAGUUAAAAAGAUAUUCUCCAACUUCCUAUAAUUCAAAUUUGAAUUCAUCCUCUGUUCUUCAGUUAAUGGGUACAAGCUGUCUGAGUGCUGAAGAUGUUCAACUGAUUAUGCCAGCUAUGGUUGAACUACUACAAUCAAAUAUUCUACACUCACCUGUUAAUCAACACUUAUUUGAUAGACUGAAAACUAUAUACACGCGUAUGCAGGAAGCAAUAUCUUCAAACAAUACUACACAUAUGCUACUUCUAAGUAUAAAUGAUCGUCAAGAUAUUUAUGAAGGCUUCAUUGCCACUAGUUUGACUGUCAAGAACGAAUUUCAAACACCAGCUAAACCUCCGUUACCGAAAUCAGAUUUAUAUGAAGCAUUGAGCAUCCUUCAGCGCACAAAAAAUAAUUUGUUAAUAUCAGUCGACAUAGAUAAUAACAAGUUAAGUAAUAAUGAUACUAUUGAUAAGAGUAAUAAUAAGUUUACAGAAUUCGAUCAAAUCAAGACAACAUUAUUAGAGGUGACAAAAAUUUUUCAGACUAAGGACAAGUUAUCCUUAUCCAGCGACACAAAACCCUUAUCUCACAGUAUUGAACAGGUGAUUAAUUCUUUGGAAAAACUCAAGACAACAGAGAUCUCAUGUCAAGAGAGUUUAGAACUAAGUUCAGAGAUUAUUGAACACUUGGACAGUAUGAUUAGUUUAAACCAUAGAUUAAUUGUCAAUCAAGGUCUUGAAGCUAUAAAACAGAAUGUGUUAAGAGACAGUCGAAAUAAUCUCUGUCAUUUACAAAGACAAACGGCUGUUGACAUAGUAACUGCUUUACAACUUGUUGAAGAUGAGUUUGGUGCUAUCAAUACUAACUCAAACACUAUCUAUGACAAUACUAAUCAAGAGGUAAACAGCGUUGAUCACUUGAAAUACAUUCAUAAACUUAUUGCAAAACAAUUGACCUCUAAUGAAAAGGACUUCUCAGUAAAUGAUAUAAUUUUCUGUCAAUCGACUGAUAUAAUUUUACUUGAAGAGGCUUUCGAAAGAUACUGUAUAAAAAUGAAUCCUUGCAGUAAACCUGUACUCAAAGAUGAUUACGUUGAAUAUAUUAGUACAACAUCACCUCAAGUAAUUCAUAAUGAUGUAUUGACUAGAUUUCAAGAUGUUCUAAGCCCAAUAAGUGAACACUGUACACCAGAAACCAGUGCAUAUGAAACAGACACAGUGUCCAAUGAGUCAGUUGUACAGUUGAAUAAUGUCUCAAAAAGAAAACAUUCAAUCAAAUCUUCUGGUCAGAUAAAUCCACUAAAAAGUUUUAAUACUGAUGACGAAAUUCAAACGAUAUCAACUUAUUCUAGAAACUAUUCCGAUAACAUGUCACAAACGAUAUCAAUAGCCACUGGAGUUGAUUUUCCCGAUUUAUCUACCUACAUUGACGAAACAUUAGGGGAACAAAAGGAGAUCUGCACAGCUUCUGAUAACUUUUCUUAUUCAUCUUAUAACUCGAAUUCAGAUGAGUACAAUACAGAAAAUACUAUUUUUGUUGACUCAUCUGUUAUAGCGCCUAUUUUGAGUUAUUUAAAAUCAAAAGUGCUUGAGAACAAAAGCAAAGCUUUUAUUGAAAGUGAACAAUUCAAUUCUGAAUUUAUAAUAAAUGAUGUUAAACACAUAAGUAAUUACUUGACUAAAUGUAUCACUGAAAACUCAGAAGAACCUGUCAAACUUAGUUGUACAUAUGUCUGUCUGUUGAACAAAUUGUUCACUGCAGAUCAGUCAGCUUAUACUAAAAUUUUGAAAAAGCAGUUGAAUUCUUGCGUAAAUUCAGAAGAUGCAAGUAAUUUUACAAUAGCUACUGAUGAACCAUUAGUAGUAAACGAAGAACUAAGUUUCUUAAUCAAUACUUUACAAGUUAGUGAAGAUUGUAUUGUAAAUAAGUCCUUUAUUGAAAAGUUGUGUUCAGCUAUUUCAAAGUACUCCUUAUCUAUUCUACCUGAUAAAUAUCCUUGUUUGUUAAAUAUUAUCAACAAUUCAAGUGAUGCAGAUUACAUUUUCAGAGAAAAUUCUGAACAAUUCAAAGAAAAUUUAAGCAAUGAGUUAAGACAACUUAUGGAGUUGCUUCAGAUUGAACUACACUCCGAAAGCAUUAUAAAUAAUAAUUGUUCAGUUGGACAAAUGAUACCACUCACAUUAGUUACAAAUUCUCUUCCCAAAAUGACUAGUGAUGAAACAAUUUCAACAAGGCCUAUUAAUUUCAUUCAAACUGUGAUUUCACUAUACAUUUUAGAUUUAUUUUGUUCAUUGCCAAAUGAAGUGAACCAGAUGGUUUAUUUAAUGAAUAUACAGAAAAAUUACCAGUCAUUGGUUGAUUAUUCUGAAUCACCAUCUAUCCACUGUUCACCAGUUUGUACAAAAUUAAAAUCCCUAUUUAAAUUGUGCAAUUCAUAUUACGAGAAUGAUCAUCAUAUUUUUGAUAGUAAUAUAGAUCAAACACUCCAAAAACUGUUACCAUCAAUUAGAGUUACUGUGCAAACAACUAAAAUAAGUGAUAGUUAUCAAAAUCAGGUUGAAAAACUUUUAAAGCAAACUAAUAAUAAACUGAUGAGUAAAACAUAUUAUUUUGUAAAUGGUGAAACUGAUGAUUUGAUAUGUGGAAUUCUUAUGGCCCUGAGUCAAAUACUUACUAAAAGCUUAAACAUUCCUAAUCCAUAUGAAAUUACAAUGAUAUUGGGUGAAUUCGCUGAAUUUUAUCACCACUUAGUGAAUACCAAGUGUGCUAAAUUGCCAGAAAAUGUUUCACAGUCAAUAUCAUCUUUUAUUUCAACUGUAUUACAUGCUGAAACAGUUUUAAGAUAUGAAAAUGAACAUUUUCAGCUUAAUUUGAUAGAGAUUAACUGUUUAAUCUAUCAAACUGUCUGUCAGUGCUAUAAUGAGUUGUUGGAUUAUCAAAGUGUCAAGUUUUUAAAAUCUUUGGUCUUAUUGGGCAUUUUAUUAUCCCACAGACGGAUACAUUAUGGUCUUAUGGAUUUCAUAUCAGUAGAAGUAAAUAUUCUGAUUAGUAUACUUCUAAUUUUUCGAUCAAACUUUCGAAUUAAUCUACAAAAUUCAUUGAUAACCAUUGUGAGAAACGUGAUGGAUUCGCUGAUGAAUUUAAAUGCCUCAGUUUUACUGAAUACAAAUGAAUGCAUUUCAUUGAACUUGUAUUCACCUAUCUCACCAGUAAAAGAUUUAUUAGGAGAUAAACAAAAUUUAGAGAUUACCAGGGAAAAGUCAAUUGUACCAUACAUAUCACCUAAAAAUUAUUUAACUGAUAACUUGGAAUUGUGCACAACAUCCUCUGAAACAUUUUGUCUAGAAGAAGAUCCAGUGAAAGAAACUUUUAUGGACCCUAAUUUAUAUUUACACGCUUUAGCACUGAGAGAAAUACUCAGUGAAUCAAAGACUGAAGAGUCUGGAAAUGCAUUGAAAGUAAGACCAGAACAUUGUAAGUUACUUAUGAGUUGUUUAUCAGAAAUGCUAUGCUCACCUACGUUAUUGCCUCCAGAUCUUAUCAAAUUAACUCAAAAGGUUGUACAAGAAAUUCAUUCAACUAAGGUAAACAAUUGUUAUCAAAUUAAUGAGAGAACAGUGAAUAAAUUAGUUUCCUAUUCUAAUAACCUGAUCACCGAGCUAAAAGAAAAAUAUAUCAAUGAUAGAAAGUAUAAGUAUGUGGAUUCAAUUGAUUCACAAACAGAACAUUAUACUGAGACAAUUGAUUCGAUAAAAGAGUUUAUAAAUUCUGAAACAUUGGUUCGUGUAACAGAAAAUGAAAUGACACCUAUAACUUGGUUCAUUAUUUCACAUAUUAGAGAGAAGUUAGAAAAGGAGGCUACAGAUCAAUUCCAACUAUCAAAACAAUGCCUACAUAUGUUACAAAAUAACACAAAGAUAUGCCAUAAUUCUAAUCACACUACUAAUUUACAUGAGCAAGUGAUUUUAUUAGCUCAUUUAAAUAAGCUGAAAAAGAGUCUUACAAAUUUCAAUCAAAAUGAUAUUUGUAUAUUGACUACGGAAAAUAUUGAAAGUUUGUUUUGUAUUUUAGAAUUUGUUAGAAAUCGAACCAAAAUCAUGAAUACUUUAGAAAUAGAUGAUGAAUUUUUAAAUUUAUUUAGAUUAAAUAUUAUUCAAAAUUGUACACAGUCUAGUCCAAUCAUCAUGAAUUCAAAUUCCAUGAAGAGAAUUCACCAAAUUUUAGAUCAAAUAUACCAUGCUGAAUUUAAUGAAAUACAAACCAGUAUUUUAUACAAUCUCAGGGAUUUAUCUACAUCCAGUGAAGUUCAAAAUAUCAAUGGUCAACUUAUAAAUGACCUAAUUCUUGGUCAAACAGCAAUUAUGUCAUACUCAGAACAAUUAAAUAUAUCACUGAGAGAUAUUGAUUCCUUACGUGACUACUGUUUAUUCUUUCAACAAUGUUCUGAUCAAAUUUUUACUAAUAAUCAUGAUAAUAACAGUUUAGAAUGUCUUGAUAAAGACGUACUUCAUAUUAGAUUGAAAAGGUUAAAAGAAUUUUAUGAUCGAACUAAAACAAGUAAGAAAAUCAGCAGUCCAUUAUCAGCAUACAGACUUUUAUUCAAUACAAUUGAACUUGAGCAUUUGGCACAGUUACAUUCAUUGGAAAUAGACACGAUACCAGAGUCUCUAAAAUGUUCGAUUGUUAGUAUGUUAACUAUGGCUGAACAGUUGUUUCCAUAUGGUUUGAAAGAGGAAGAAAGUAUGUACAUAAACUCAGUUGGCAAACAACUUAUCAGUAUAACAAGUAAAAUGUUAGACGUAAGUAAAGCAAUUCAUCCUAUUGAAUUAACAAUUUGCGAUAAUCUAUGCUUAUCAUCAAACAAAGAAGAAAAUCAUAUGAAUUCAUUACCAUUACCUGGGAUGAGUAAUCAUCCUCCACUCUUAAGUACUACUUCUUCAACAAUUUUUCACACAACUAUUUCAAAAAAAUCUAUGUUACAGAAUACAAAUCUCGAUAUUGGAUUACCUAGUCAACAGCAAGAAACUAUAAACAUUGAUCAAGAUUAUGAAACAAAUUCAGUCAUCGAAAAGUUUACUAAUAUAUGCGUUGGUUCUAGCCUUUUAAAAUCCCUCACUUCGAAUAAUGAUGAAGAUUUCAUAUUGAGACCUGCUAAUAGUAUACAAUUAGCUACUCUUUUCCAUCAGGCACGUCUCGAUGAAAAGAUGAUGAAAAAUUUAACUUCUGACGAAGUUGAAGAAAUGGAUCAUAUAUACUUUAAGCUUUUAGAAUACAGUGUACAAAGAAAAACAUUCAACGUAUCUGAUGUAUUCAAUUCAGAUAAUUUAAUCCAACAGAAUAUAGUGCACAAAGUUCUAUCGUACAUGUCCGAAUUGGAAAUUAAAACUCACGAAGCUCUAAAUGUUAAAAUAAAAAACCUUAAGUAUGUGGUUCCCAUAAUCUCAAAUCAACAGAGUGAAGAAAAAAAUUCUGAUGAAUCGGACACCAUAGAUGAAUUUUAUGUAUCAUCUGAAAUGACGGGACAUGACAUCGACGUUGGAACAGCUACUAACUUACUUUCGACAAUACGGUUAUGCUUAAAGCUUAAACCGUUGACUGCAGAACAAAUAAUUCCAUUAUUUUCAUUAAUGGAAAAUAUUAAUUCACAAAUGGAGUUAUUCGACAAUGUACAAAAACAUACAUUGGAUAAAAUGAUUAAACUGUCUUCUAAUGAAGUGAAUCAACUAUCUACAAUUUUUAAAUGCGAAACACUUCCGAAAACUAUAAUAACAUGUACAGAAUUAUUAAACUAUAAAAUUCUUUUUGAUAUUAUUUCAUAUGAUACAGAGAUAUGGAAAACUGAGUCAAGAUUUUUCUAUUAUGCCUUAAGAGGAUUAUUAUCCUCCAAGCGUGUAAUAUCCUCAUGUCAUUCUGUUUCCCUUACAUGUGUGGAUUCAACCGACGAAAACGUUCCUAGGGAAAAACUUCAUAGGUUAGAACAAAGAUUAUGGGACUAUUGUUUUUCAACGAGAAAACAACAACUGUUUACUUUAACCAAUGAUGAAAUACAUUCUUGUGAAGUUCUUCUUUUGAGCUAUGAACCAAAAAUAAGGUUAAACAUUAUACAAAAAAUGACUGAUGCUUUAAAAUUAGUCAAUCAAUUAAAUGAAUCAUAUCGUGAACAAGAAGAAAUUAUUCCCCUGAAAGACAUAUACUACUUAAUUCUUAUGUGUUUACCGAAUCUAUUUUCAGAUCAUGCAAAAUGCUUACAAAUUGUAAUUGACUUAUUAGUAACACAUCGUUUUGUUUACAAUUCAAAAAAUUUUACACACUGUUUAAAAUAUCUCUUUGAAUUGAAUGAUAUUUUACACUUGUUCAAAAGUGUGAAUUGUUUACAAGAUUUUCUUGAAAUCACCAAUGUUCCGUCUUCCAAUUCAUCAUCAUCGUCAUCACCCUUAAAUGCACAUUAUGCAAUUCUUUUCACAAAUCUAUUAGAAUAUUUUAUUCAUGCAGGUAAAUUAAAUGAGAGUCUUUCACCAAUUGAUAAUCUAUUAUUGGUAUACCUAUUACAAAUGCUCCAACCAUUUGUAACAAAUGAAAAUGAAUUGAAAAUUCAUAUAAAACGUUUAAUUACUAGACUAUUGUUUAAUAUUAUUACAAAUCAAAAUAUAUUCAUGGGCGAAGUCAACAAACGCCUGAUAAAUGAUUUAUGCACACAUAUGAAAUUGAUAUCAACAAAGCUGAAGAUGAACUUAUUUACUGACGGUCUAAAGUUAUUGAAUACAAUUGAAAUGGAUAAUGAAUUCACUAGAUUAGAACAGUGUCAGAAGAUUAUAAAGUGCCUUGAGUCAAUCUUAUUUAAUCCCUUAGAAGUAUCUUCCGAUCCUUUAAGAGCUAAACAAAUAGCUUGUAUCAUGGAAAAUUUGAAUCAAUCCACAGGUAAUCCACUUAAAUAUCCAUUCAUUGUCAAGUUUGUUGAACAAAAUUUAAGUGAUCUUUGUUAUGAAAACCAAUGGAUAACUAAUCAACCUACAAGGUUUCUACAUCUUUUCAACUGUAUAUUAUUAAUGGAAAACUACUUUAGUAAAAAAUCGAAUGAAUCACCUCGUUUCCAGACGAUAAGCAGAGAGGAUGCUGCAGUUUUUUGUUCAUCAUUUUCGUGCUUAGUACAAGGGAAUGUGAAUAUAAUUACUGAUGUUAUUGAUAUUGGUCCAGAGGAUAGCAUCUUCAGUAUCUCUUCUAAUUCCUGGACUAAUUUAUUGCUUCUGAGAAUGUGGUAUACCUCUAUAGCUUGCAGUCAAUCUAACCAUUAUACAUCACAACAGAAUUAUUCAACUCUUACCUCAGAAAUAAUGAAAUUAGAACAGGCUGAAAUAAAACGCCUACUAGACUACUGGAAACCUCGUCUAGAAUUAUACUCACAAAAGCAGAGAACAAUGAGUAUACGAGAACUUUCCAUAAGUACAGAAUGUGAUUUGACUGCUGAAAUGACAAAUGAAGAGUUAAGUAAUGCGAUUCAGCUGUCACUGUUAAGUAGGCAAUUGAGUGGACCACGAAAUGCAUGGAUAUGUAUAAACUUUUUAAAAGAACUGCAACAUGAAUGUGGACAGGAGUUCAUCAGUUUUUCGAAUUUUGAAAAGGAAGCAUUACGUUUAGCUUUAUGUUCAACCAAAAUGAAUUCGUUUGAAUCAGUCGCAAGUAGUGAUGUUAUUGCAUCAGUGGUUUGUUUAGAUUCACUUUUAUCCAGAAUGUCUUCCUCCUCGUCAUCAUCAUCUUCGUCAUCUUUCGAGCUUCCUUCAUUAUUUCUUAUCCAAACAACUGAUGCUGCUCCUUUCGCUUCAAGUAUACAAAAUAUUUUACAGUUUUUACAUUCAGAAGUUCAUAAACCCUAUUCUUUUUACUUACUCAGUGAAACUGAAUAUCAUUUGUGGAUAUCAUCUGCAAAUUUAGAGAAUUUGUGGAUUUCGAAAUUUGAAUUUCGACUUUUAAGUGAACUAAAACAAAAAGCAUCACAAAUUCUAACUCACAAUAUUCGAAGAGAACUAAUAAACAUACUGAAUGAGUUCGAUGAAGAGAACUUCAUUGGACCAAAUCUAACACGAUUACCUAUUGAACCAAUGAAACGGAAGAAUCUUGCCCAUCUGAUAAGAGUUUGUUUAUUACUGAAUCAUUAUCCUGCCAAGUAUAUUAUCACUACGCUAAAUCAUCUUCAACUUCUUCAUGAUAUAUCUUGUCCAACUAUUCCAGUACAAACAGUUUCCUAUCUCCGAUAUUUUGUCAGCUCCCUUUUACUAGGUGGAAACAGUUGCUUACAAUCUAAUCACUAUGACCCUUCAUUAGAUAUGACAUUGAUGGUGAAUUCAAACUCACCGCAUUCAUUGGACAGCUGUUUUAUUAACUGUCUUUUUGAAAAAGAUCAGCUUUACCAAAAUUUACCACAAGAUACUAUGACAAUUAUACAAACCUCAUUAGCUUACAGUAAUACUUGUGAAGAAAUGAUUCAGCUAUGGAGUAUGCUACCAAAACAUAGUUAUCAACAUCUGAAUUCUUGCAUCUACCAAUUACUUUGCCUAAAUUUAAACAAAUAUGCCAAUAACUUGCUGAAAAUUAUUAUGAAUGAUGAAGAAUUUUCAGAAUCUACUACAAGUACCAACAAAUCGGUUCAAUUGAUAUUGUGCUUUUUAAAACAAAUGCUGACUAACGAUACCGAAAGACGAAAUAAACAUGGCGAUUCAUUAACCAUUACAAAAACGUUUACAGAUUUAAAGUUCACACCGAGUAUUUAUGCACUGAACGAAAGAUUGCAGCAAUUACUUGAUAUGCAAAUAAAUGAUUUAAAUCUAUUCGAUUUAAUGCAAAUAAUCUCAGAUUCAGAACAUUUACAUCGUAAACUAGUUUACUCAAAAAUGUUCCAUGAUGAUUUAGAACUCAUACCACAUUUGCAGUAUCACUUAUGCAGAAAAUUAAUCAAUGAACUCUGUAAAUACUCACAGUUAUCUGAUGAAAAGUAUAUGCCUCAAAAACAAUUGAGUAUAACUUAUGAAGAGACCUCCAAGAAGUUGAAGGAGAAUAUAAAAAGAAUUUACAGUAGUUUAUCAUUGGAUGACAGCAAAACACAAAUAAGUCCAAUUAAAGUUGACCCUCUACAGUAUACUCCUGGAAUGGAUGAAAUCAAAUCUGAUACAUUUUCUGACGUAUUGCUGAACUGUGCCAGUUGUGAAAGUGUUUUAUGUCCAGUAGAAGAUGUAAGACCUGAGAUAAACCGACUCAAUCACUUACUAUCUACGAAUACCCUUCAGCCGAAUGAAAUGUCUGAAAUUUUGUCCUCUAUAGUUGUUCUUCGAGAUGCAUCACUAUGUUUACCAUCAUGUCUCAUGGAUUAUACACGAUUUUCGACAAAAGAAGAAGAUGCUUUAAAAAGAUUACAAGUUCUGAUUAACAAAAAAAUGAUUACUAAACUCGAUAAACAACUGAAAAACACCCUUCUGUUGUUAAGUCAACGUUUAGGCCUUCUAGCACUACAGGCAAAUCGAGAUUUAUUACGUACAGGUUUGGAAAUAUGGUUGAAUGCCUCAUUAGAAAAUGAAUUUAUAUUUGAUAAGCAGCAAAUUCAACAAAUCUAUUACGCUUUGUGCCUUGCAGAAAGUAUAAAUAAUGAAGAUUACGGACUACAAACAGAUUUUUCAACCACAUUUGAUUUAGUAGGAAAAGUAAUUUUACAAUUGAAGUCAAUUGUGAACUCUAAAGUUGGCGCCGAGAUUGAAGGUCCACAUAGUUUAGGUCCAAUAGUGACCCUCUUUUUAGAGCAUGCACAGCAACUGAUAGAACAAACAACGUAUUCUGAAUUUUCAUCAGAUUUCCAUAAAGUAUCAUCUAAUGAAAUACCAGGCAGUCUUUUUGUUGAACAGCAGAACAAAACUGAGAAUUUAUGGAGACUGAUAAACUGUCAAACACCAGAUGUAAUAGAAAAUACCCUGAAACAUUCUAUUCAGUCUCUGCAACCAAACAGUCCUCGAAACGAAUCUCAUGAUCAACAGUCACUCAUACACGUAAACAAUAAAGGGUGUAAAACAUUACAAAAGCAUCCUAAAACUGAAGGGUGUAGUUCACUUCAAACGAGACCCUCUUAUGCACGAAGUUUAAGCUAUAGCAAAAAUGAUAUGAAUAUUCAAACUUCCUGUGACAAUGCGCUGUCACUAUUGGCUUUGUAUAACGAAGAAAAAAGACGUUUAGUCAGUUGGGAAGAAGAAACUGAAACACGUUUACGGAAAGCUUGUGAGCGAGUGGAGAAACUACUAGAAAUACUUCCUGAGCAAACACAUUUAAAAAAGGACACCAAUCAUACAGUCACACAACUUAGGAGAGGGGUAGUACAAUUGAAAAGUCAGUUGAACUCAAUGAUACGUAGGAAAACGGUGGAAGAUUUUUCUGGGCUGUGCACAAGCGAUAAUAGUUCCGUGCAUAAUUAUCGAAAACUGUAUAAGCAUUUACUAGAUAACCCAAAAUGUCCUCAAGAAAAACAGUUCGCUUAUCCAGAUAAGUUUGAUUUCGAUAACAUUACAUCUUCAGAAUGCCCAAUGAAUGUAUCAUUAACUGAUCGACUCUCUUCCAGUACAUGUUCACUGAAAAAUUUACCUUCCCUGAGAAGACCCUUGGUAAAUCAUAGCUUUUCAGUCUCAUGUAAACCACUCACACCAGAUCGGGUCUUUACUUCACCAUCAAGUAGUGAGAAAAGGAUUUUACAAAGUUCAUUUGAUAGAUUACAUGAAUUGAUUGAAAUUCGCCGAGCUGUUGUUGCUGGAUCUCGAGAAGAAUUAUGUAAACUGGGGAUCUAUUCUAGUCUGCCAGUAGCUUUUCCAAAGCCUUUUAAAUUAAUUCGUUCAACUGAAAAACCUUCUGGUUUGCCUGGUACUCAACUAAGCUUUGUUAGUAAUCAUGAGAAAUGGUUUUCAAAUGCUCAGCGAAAUAUUGACCGACAACGAAAUUACACAAACCACAUCUACCGAUCUGAGGACGAAUAUAGUAGAGGUAAUCAAGCUAUAGAGGAUUUAGAGGAUAAACUAGGACAGUUGGAAGAACAAAUUCUACCUCAAAAAUUCGUUGAUUCACUUGUACAGUAGUUAAUUCAAAUAUUUUAUUGGUAUACAACAAUUCAAAUGCUCUCCGAUUGUUUGAUUUUUAAUCUUAAACUGUUAAUUGACUGCCAGAAAUUUAUAUUCGGGAUAGAAAUUAAGGAGUAUUGCAAAAUCAUUUCAUGUGUACUAGUAAAAUCCUCAUCAACUGAUUUGAUCCUGAUUAUAUUUCAACUUAUCUAUUGUAAUCAACAUCAUAAUGAUUAUGGCGUAUUUAUCCGGCUAUUGUGAUUAUUCACUGACUAGUAGGACUAAAUUGCUGUUUGUUCAUAUCGAUUGUUUCUCUUUUUCUUUUCUCUUCAGUUUGAACAUAUGAUCUAUUAUUUCUAUUUGUUUCUUUUAUUUUGUGUAAUUUUUUUAUGAGGAAAAAAUUAACAUUGAGCAACAUGAAAACUAAUCAUAUUACUUAUUAAAUUCAAUUUGAGUCAGUGCUACCUAGAGUGUACACCAUAUCAGUAUUUUAUCAACAUGAGACAACUUAUUUUUCCAGUAACUUUGUACAGAUAUAAUGAUGGUAAUUGAUAAAUGUUUAUAAAGCAUUAUAUUUUCUUAAAAUGCUUCGUUUACCCUUUUUC